AUGCAGAAUAGCGAUUGGCCAAGACGGCUUCUCGUCGUGCCCACCCUCUCUGUCACCCUGGUGGCUAAGCGGCAGAGCAGUGGGCUUUGCGUCCAUGGAUGUUCACUUGACGAGAUACUCAAAAAGAACAAGAAGCUAUUUGCAAUGACCGACUCCAAAGGCGGUAAUGUAUUCCAUUUAGCAGCUUUCUUGAAUGAGCCACAGAUAUUUGAUCUCUUACGACCAGAGACUGAAUAUUUGGUCCGAGAACGGGACACGAAUGGGGAUCUUCCCAUUCACAUUGCGAGCAAGAUGGGUCAUGUUGAACUAAUCGAGAAGCUACAUUCGGUAUCACCGUGGUUAAAUGGGCAAGGACAGACCAUCCUUCAUGUGGCAGCAAAAUACGGGAGAGAAAAGGCAGUGAGAUAUAUAAUCGGACAUCCAGAUAUGCGGGAGAUGAUAAAUGAAAGAGAUCAUGAUGGAAAUACACCUCUACAUUUGGCAGUGAUAUAUUUACGACUCAACGUUUUGAUUCAUCUUGUGCUGGAUGAAAACAUUAACCCCUCCCUUCUCAACCGCAAAGGCUUGGCUGCUGUUGACAUCGCUCUAAAUCACCCACCAAGAGGGUUACGGUCGGGCUUCGAACACUUGCUGUUAUUAAGCGUGUCAGCUGAGAGUUCAGAUCUAAUCAUACUUAAGCCGGAAGCUCGAGACAGAGCAUAUGCGAACAGAAGUUUGCCAAUCCCUGACAGACUGAGGGAGGGUAUCAAUACCUCGAUGGUGGUGGCAACGCUUGUGACCACUGUGACUUUCGCAGCUGGUUUUGCAGUUCCUGGAGGAUUUAUUAGCUCAGAUAUGACCUCCAAAGAUGAUUGGGGCAUGGCUACGAUGCUGGACAAUAGAAUGUUCCAGGCCUUCGUGAUUUGCAACACCAUUGCAAUGUUCUGCUCAAUGACCUCGGUUGUUGGCUUCAUGUUGGCGUACCUGACCGAAGUCCGCUCAGCAAUAGUUGGGUGCCUGCUUGCAGGAGUGCCACUAGCAAUUGCACUCCCGGCAAUGUGCUAUAUUAUCACCGGUGGUUCUUUUAUCAUUACUCUUCUUACCCUUCUUUUUCCACCGCCUUCGCCCUAUCCGUCCUCUGACAUGCAGGUUUUUCUCGCUUACCUUCGUUUUCUUCAAGUUGGGACGUUCAAUUUGGAUGACCCAAAAGAGGAUCGAACGGGGAGCAUGACCUCUGCUAGUCCGCCUCUGGAUGGUGGCGAUGGAGAUUGA